AUGUCCUACACAAUGACAGCUCCAGCCGGUGCUCCUGGCCAACCCCAAUCCGCCAGCGCAAACAACCACUACAACACCACAACGCCCACCGGUACUCCGACGACGGCGCAAUUCCACAACCUCAGCAAUAGCGGCGGCAAGUCCCUGCCCCGUCCGCCGCGCAAAUCAAACCUUUACGGCCUGGCAACCGCGUCGAGCCCGAACCUCAGCACAUCCUACUCGCGUCUCGCCGCCCCGCAGCACGGCCUGUCCAGAAAGGCCUCCCAGCAGGCCUUGACACCAAACUCUCUGGCCGCCAUCCCCGAUGACACAGAGUCGUACGCCAUCGGGACAGUCUUGAACGACUCUGAAGCGAUGCUGCCGCCGCCGCCGCCCCUGACCCCGGGCAGGCCGUCCGGCGAUGGCCACAUCGCCAUCGGCGACACAGUCGAUGUGCCUGGAAAUAUGCAUGGGACCGUUCGCUUCGUUGGCAAUGUUGACGGUCGCAAGGGAAUAUUUGCCGGCGUCGAGCUGCAUCCAGAAUUUGCGGCACGGGGCAAAAACAACGGCGAUGUCGACGGUGUAUCGUACUUUACGACCACAAAACCAGGAGCCGGGAUAUUUCUGCCUCUCACUAAAGCCGUCAAGCGAGACCUGGCACCGUCUUCAACUGGCUCGUAUCCCAUGACACCAAUGAAUCCUCCAUCCGGCCUAAAGGUCGGCAAUCAAAACUCAACAAACUACACACCUCCAACACCAUCAAUACCAAAAUUUAACCAAUCCACUGGCCCUGGCCGCGCACCCAGCCCUCUGGGCAAAAGGCCAAGCAGGCCUUCACUCGCACGUCCAGAGUCGCCCAUCCGACGCCUGCAGAUGACCCCCAACCCCCGCCCAGCCAUCGCUACCCCAGGUUCUAAGGUGCCGUCGAGGUACGGCAGUCCGACCAACAAAUUCUCCCAGAGCGUCCGCGGAACCGCCCCGGAUCCCGCCAAGCGGGCAUUGAAAAACGCCCGAGAUGCUGGCAUCGGCCCGCGGAGCGCAUCUGCUCUCGGAAACCGUGCACCUUCAGCUGCGGGGUUCACAGAUGACGAGGCUGCGCCCGUCGGUCUCAACCGGAGUGGUACCAACGGCAGCUUGGGUUCCGUGUCGUCUUUCCAAGCCAAGCUGCAGAGACCAGCAUCGCGCGCCAAUGGUAGAGCCAGUCCUCACCGUCGUAAUGAGAGUGAUGAGCUGGAACGGCUUCGAGUGGAGCUAGCCGAUCGGGACCGGCAGCUCAAGGAGCAGGUACAGCUGGUGGUUGAGAUGGAGACCAGCCUCACUGAGCUGCAAAACUUCAUCUCCAAGCAAGGAUCGCAGCAGCAGCAGCAGCAGCCACCUACAAGGCGGGGCAGCUCUGAAGAUGACAAGGACGUCACACAACUCCGGGCAUUGCUCCGGGAAAAGAACGAAAAGAUCGCAAUGCUUACGGCCGAGUUUGACGCACACAGGGCCGACUUCAGGAGCACUAUUGAUACACUGGAGAUGGCAAGCACCGAGACAGAAAGGGUGUACGAGAAGAAGCUUGAGGAGGUGAUGCAGGAGCUGCAAGACUAUCAAGAGCGCACUACUGACGUCAACGCUGUGGCAAGGCAACUCAAGCAGUUGGAGGAACUCGUGCAGGAGCUCGAAGAAGGAUUGGAAGAUGCACGAAGGGGAGAGGCUGAAGCCCGUGGCGAGGUCGAAUUCCUCAGGGGCGAGGUGGAGAGAACGCGGUCAGAACUGCGCCGCGAGCGCGAGAAGUCCGCUGCAGGAUCAAAUGGAGCAGGGGCUGGAAAUGGCAGCGGCACCUCCGUCUCUAAGGAACUGGAGCAGAAGGAGGACGAGAUUAGAGGUCUCAAAGCCAUCAUUCACUCCUUGAGUCGGGACUCGAUCCCAGGCAUUCCAGGAGAGGAUACGAGCAAGACGCCAACGUCCGCUCACGGCGGACCACGAGGUCACCUCUCUGACGACUCUGCUGGUGACCGCUUGGCCCGCGAGAGACUGGAGCGUGAAGUUGCCGAGCUCCGAGCCCUGCUGGAUGCUAAGAAUAGCCGUGAAGAGGAGAUCAUGCGCGAGCUGGACACAUUGCGUAAGGCUGGCGGUAGCGGCAGCCCCGUGCUUAGCAAGAACCGGGCUAGUGUUGCGACUAUCGUGCCCACGGGCCAAGUCAACGAUGGGUCAUCGGUGCGAGAUUCUAGGGAUACAGUCAUCCUCGCCGGAGACGACCAGCCACAACAGAACGGCCACACGCCGAAGGCUAACGAGCCGCGCUCCCCACCACGGGUCAAGACGCACGUGCGCGUGGCGACGCUCGACACCAUGCCUGAGAGCGACGCCUACUCCACCGCAACGGAUAAUAGCACCCUCUACUGCGAGCUAUGCGAGACGGCCGGGCAUGGAAUCCUCAACUGCACAAACAUGUUUGGCGGCAACGGGGCCGCAGCCGGCGGCAACGACAGCGUCAAGACGCCGUCGCCCACAUUGACCAAGAACGGCGGGCUCAGCCUGACGGUGCCGCACGACUCGGUCGACGCACCGGCGCCGCUGUCGCCCAUAAAGACCAAGACGCCUCCCUCCGUGCCUGCUGCGGAUGCCGCACAGGCCCAUCCGAGCCUCAUGGAGUCGGGGCCCGUGGCUGGAAAGGAGAGCGGGGUCAUCGACGCCGAGAAGUGGUGUGCGCUCUGCGAGCGGGACGGGCAUGACAGCGUCGACUGUCCGUUUGAAGACGUUGCGUUCUGA